AGACGGCUGUGUAGCUAGUUCUCGAGAUGGACAGAAAGCGAACAGGUUGAGUUUGUCGAAAGGCUCCUAUCAAGGAUGUGUCACCAUCAGCAUGGACAUAUAGAUGCCUAUUUGAAACCAAUGCUGCAGAGGGAUUUCAUCACAUUAUUACCAAAAAAAGGCCUAGACCACAUUGCAGAGUCCAUCCUGUCCUACUUGGAUGCAGACAGUCUAUUAUCAGCAGAGUUGGUUUGUAAAGAAUGGAGGAGGGUCAUAGCCGAAGGGAUGCUCUGGAAAAAACUCAUAGAGAAAAAAGUUAGGCACGAUUCCACGUGGAGAGGGUUGGCCGAGAGGAGAGGAUGGAUUCAGUAUUUGUUCAAACCGAGACCAGGGACUUUGCAUCCGAGCCAUGCUUUUUAUACAGCACUUUAUCCUAAAAUCAUGCAGGACAUUGAUAGCAUUGAAUCCAAUUGGCGAAUGGGUCGACAUAAUCUACAAAGAAUCAACUGUCGAUCAGAGAACUCCAAAGGAGUCUACUGUUUGCAGUACGAUGAUACUAAAAUCGUAUCAGGCCUAAGGGAUAACACAAUUAAAAUCUGGGAUAGAAGUACACUACAAUGUAAUCAGGUUCUGACCGGUCACACUGGUUCAGUAUUGUGUCUGCAAUACGAUGAACGAGUGAUAAUAUCGGGGUCCAGUGACUCCACAGUCCGUGUUUGGGACGUAGCCACGGGGGCUAUGGUCAACACACUCAUACAUCACUGUGAGGCUGUCUUGCAUUUGAGAUUUAGUAACGGGAUGAUGGUCACAUGUUCGAAGGAUCGUUCAAUAGCCGUAUGGGACAUGACGACAUCUACAGAAAUUAGUCUGCGCAGAGUCCUUGUUGGACAUCGUGCAGCUGUUAAUGUUGUCGAUUUUGAUGAAAGAUAUAUUGUUUCAGCCAGUGGGGAUAGAACUAUUAAGGUAUGGAAUACAUCCAGUUGUGAGUUUGUUCGAACACUGAAUGGACACAAAAGAGGCAUAGCUUGUUUACAAUAUCGAGAUCGAAUAGUUGUUAGUGGAUCCAGUGAUAAUACAAUAAGGUUAUGGGACAUAGAAUGUGGGGCCUGCUUGCGAGUUCUGGAGGGUCACGAGGAGCUAGUAAGAUGCAUAAGAUUUGAUUCAAAACGUAUAGUCUCAGGUGCCUACGAUGGAAAAAUUAAAGUAUGGGACUUGAUGGCUGCCAUGGACCCUCGAGCUCCAACAUCUUCAUUGUGUUUGAGGACAUUGGUGGAGCACACGGGACGAGUGUUCAGACUGCAGUUCGACGAAUUCCAAAUAGUGAGCUCCUCCCACGACGACACCAUCCUGAUCUGGGACUUCCUGAACUACGCCCCGCCCGACGGCACCCCCAAACAGGGCACCUCCAAUUCGUCCGCCAAUAACACUCCGAACAUUGCCGAAGUGAACCGGAGCCCCUCGAGGGACCUGGCCGAAGAUAAUGAUUACUUGUGAAAUUUAUAAGACUGUGACAAAAAAAAGUGUCGAGUGGAGUGGAGUGGAGUUACAAGUACAAGAGAUUAAUUUUUAUUGUCGGGACUACUUUUGUGAGUACUUAAUAAUAAUUAUAAAUGUAAAUAAGUGAUAGUUUUUUGAUUGACUAGUAGGAGAUAUUUAUAAAAGAAGUGAUAAGUACUUAAUUGUAUAUAUUUAAAUUAAAGGACCGAGAACUGUGUUCUGCUUAUUGUGUAUAUAUCGCGUUAGAGGGAGCGCCGAAUCAACUCGAAAUCAAGAUGUGAAAUUUGAAUGAAAAUGAAAUGUAAAAAAUAUAUAUAUUGAUUAAUGUCGACGUAGAAUAUUCUAAUUUUUAGAC